ACCUUUUAUCCAUUUAUCCAACUAUUUUCGAGCCUACAAAUGGAGGUCUUCGAGGAAUGUACAAAUAACGAAUCACUUAUAAUGGAAAUGUGGACAUCCUAUCUCUGUGAGGAAAACAACUUGGAUUGCGAUUUCAGUUUUGACGAAAUCGAUGUACAGUCGACAGAUUUGACGGGAUUAGGUGAUCUGUCUACUAAAGUAGACUUCCAUAGUCCUGAUAUUAGCUUGGAAAAAAUCUUGCCAACUUUAUUUGAAGAGGGUCUGGAUUAUGGAAAUCAUCUUUUCAAUCUUCUUGAACAAGAAAACAAUGGCGUCAGUGGUCAUCGACGACCACAAAAUCUCGAGUUACAACAGCAAAUACAUCAUGUUGAAUUAGAGAACAAAGCUACAGUAUUGUGUACUGGAUCUGCCAUGUCUACCCACGGACAAGUGAUGUCCCAACAAGAAAGUCACACAAAGGUGAAGAAACACUACAAGAAAAGAAGGAAAACAAGCUUCACCAAGAAACGAAAGAAAAAUAGAUGCUCAUAGAUGCUCACCAUUUGUAACUAGUUCUAGAUCUACAGAAAAGGGAGAUGUACGUAAACUGAUUAAGGAUUCAUUACUCUAAAUGACAACUUCUCUUUUUUUAUUCAUAUAAUCCCUAUAGCAAUAUGUACAUUGCAUUAAAACCUAAUUUCAAACUAUUUUGGAACAUUUAGCAAAUCACAAUAUCACAAGGAAUGAUUUUGUAAAUCAUCUUAGAAAUUAUACCAUUAAUUAUGCAUUUAUUUAUGCUUCAAUUUAUUUAUUUAAAUAAAAAUACCCUUCUGUAGUA